AUGAGCAAUUCCCCUGAUGGCGCGACUACGGUGACCGCGCCGGUAGAGAAUUCAUCCACUCCGACCUCCAACAAUGCCGACGCCAUCGCCCAAGGCAAGGAAAAGGCCAAAGAGGUAUUGGCUGCCUCUGGCAUCGAUGUCACGACCAAUGAUACACCUGCGGAAACCAAUGGUCACCGCGCCAGCCCUAGUCCAAACCGCAACCGAAAGCGAAAACGCGAAACCCUUCUUGAACGAAUACAAGCCGAUGAGUACGUCCAGCGCGAAUAUCACUACAAAGGCCUCCUAGCCGAGCAACUUCACCACCCUGUUCUGUCACAGCAGAAAAAACAAGAGCUCGCACUGUACCAGACCCUGCGCCCGCGACGCGAACAUGACCCCGGUUCCAUCUUUGGGUAUGGCUAUGAAGGCUUUGGCAAUCCCAGAACGGACGACAAAACCAUCCGCGACCCUAUCAUAUACCCUCGACAGAGAAGACCGGGCAAAAGGAAAACGCUGCCACCCCAAGUGUCUAGGAAAGACCAGAUGGGCCAGGCUGAACAACCUGAAGAACUUAUCCCUAUCCGGCUCGACAUCGAUUGGGGGAAGAUAAAAUUACGUGACACAUUUACGUGGAACAUCAAUGAUCGCACAACAUCGCUGGACUACUUUGCCGAGAAACUGGUUGAGGAUUUUAGUCUCGAGGUCCAGCAUUGUCGUCCGCUCGUACAGGCCGUUGCAACCAGUAUGCGAGACCAAAUCAGCGACUACUGUCCGCAGAUUUAUACCGACGAAGAGCCCUCGGAACCGCUGCUACCGUACUUCGCAUACAAGAACGAUGAGAUGCGCAUUUUAAUAAAGCUCAACAUAACCAUUGGUCAAAACACCCUUAUCGAUCAAUUCGAGUGGGAGAUUAACAAUCCUUACAACUCCCCAGAAGAAUUCGCACGCCAAAUGACAAACGACCUGUCUUUGGCAGGAGAGUUUACGACCGCGAUCGCGCACUCGAUACGCGAACAGUGUCAGUUGUUUUCUAAAUCCCUACAUAUCACGGGCUAUCCAUUCGACGGUAGACCUAUUGAAGAUCCCGAUCUCCGAGAGAACUUCCUACCGUCACCUAUACCUGUCACAUUUCGCCCUUAUCAAUCAGCCAAAGAUUACUCACCUUAUCUUUACGAGCUCAACGAUGCGGAUCUUGAACGCACAGAGCUCUCCAUCUCAAGAGAGCAGCGAAGACAGAAACGGUCGACCAAUAGGCGCGGUGGCCCUGCUCUUCCGGAUCUGAAAGACCGCCAACGGACGAUAAGAUCGCUCGUGGUGUCAUCUGUUAUUCCGGGAGGUGCAUUCAGCAUGGAAGAAAGUCGAAUCUUUAGGGUUCCCAAAGCCACUCGACGAUCGACCCGAGGAGCAGGUCAACGAGAUGGGUUUGAGGACUCCGAUGACUCAGACAGCGAAGAAUCUGGUCCAGACUCACCAGCUAUACCUACGCACUUGUUGCAACAAGGGACCCGAAUCAGGAGUGCCCGCAACGCCGCUUUGACGGCAACAGCGGGUAUCCGAUCCAAUCUCAGUGGUCUGGCGUCUGUGAGGUCAGCAACGCCUGAAUCAGUCGCACCGUCACAUCACGAAGGACGCGCUUCAGCGAGAAAGAGGGACUACAAGGAGGAAAGUGACGACGAGGACUCUGCUCCAGAGAAACUAGUGGUCGUUCUGAAAAUGGGGAAAACCAAACUCCGUGAAUGGGCGCGUUCACAGCGACUGAGGGAUAGGGCUGGCAUUGUCGCGAAUGCCUCAAAUCAAGGUAGUCCUCGGGCAGGGACGCAUUCAAGGUCUGUGUCAGCUGCCCCGGCUGCUCCGUUGAAUCUGGCUGUUAUGCCUCCCCCACCGUCGCCCGCCGGAGCUCCUACAGAGAUUCCGGGUGCUGUUGAUGCUACCUGGCAUCCUCCGGGUCCGUCGCAUCCUGCACCUGCGCCACCUGACUGGCUCGCGCGAGAUAUCGAGAGACUUCAAAAGGUCUAUCCCAAUGACCAUUUUGAGGCACUCAUGAAACAUACGGCCAUCGAUCCGAAGACACAGAAGCUUAUCACACCAAACGAGGCGAACCGGUCGUUUGUGCACAAGUACGUCCCUCGCAUUCGUUGUCGGGAUUGUCCGGGCAAAACCUACAUGCCAGGUCCAGGAAUGACAGCCGAAGGAUUCGAAGCUCAUUUGAAGAACCGGCAGCACAGAUCCAAUGUGGAAGAGCGGCAGGCAAAAGGCUAA